AAGUUAUGGUACAAAAGAUCCAUCCAUAGAACCGUCUCAUGCGCACGGUUUUUUCAGCUGUACUCUACAUCACCAACAAGAGCUUGAUCGUCAGUCACUAACAGUACAACUUAUCUUACAGAAUUCAAGCUCACUCAUGGAGAGAACAGAAAAGUCUCCUCUCAUCGCGCCUGUACGGGUCGUCAGACCAUCAGCUGUACGAUUGGUAUCGCGGCCAUUCACGAGAGUGGUCGCUCUCGUCUGUAUAUGUCUGGCGAUCUUCACUUUGAGCGCUCAGAUCACUCAGCCCACUGUACUCAAGGGAGAUGAUAAUUUCCCAGAACUCGCAUCAUACUGUUCCCACGUCGCCCCAAUUUCUUCCUCGGAAUUCUAUUCUCGUCAACUUGCCCUCGCAGAGGUUCUCCAUAGAUUGAACGCAUCUGCGUAUAUCGCUGAACCUGGCGCGAGCGCGCUUUACUACGCCAAUGUGUCAAGCUCCUCUUGGAGGCUUUCCGAACGGCCUCUCCUGCUCAUCCUUUCUCCCCACGUUGCGGACGACGGCACAAUCACUCCACGAAUCUCCUUGCUCACACCCUCUUUUGAAGCCACGAGAGCCAAACUUCUACCCAUUCCGGCCAAGGAGGUGUUGUAUCCUGAAUGGCCAGAAGAGGUUAAUCCGUUUGAUGUUGCAGUUGGCGCUUUGCCCUCUCUCCAAGAUGGCGCCAAGGUCUUUGUCGACGGCAGCAUUCGGAACUUCAUAGUCGACGGAAUGCAGAACGCAGCGCCCCAGGCAAAGGUUUCCACUGCUCCUGUAGAGAUUCGUCGCAUCAGAGAACGGAAGUCCUCCACGGAGCUCGAGAUCAUGAAAUGCGCCAACGAGGCCACGCUGGCAUCUAUUCGAGCCGUGCGUGAACGCUUCUUCUUUGGUAUCAAAGAGUCGCAAGGCAGUGAUUUAGUUGCUCGGGCCCUCACAAGUGCUGGAUUGAGCGAUGGUUCCGGAAUAGUACUGUUUGGAGAGAAUGCCGCUCUCCCGCAUGGUUCUGGGACCGACAGGGCACUUGGUCCCAGUGACUAUGCUCUCAUCGACUGUGGCGGCUCGCUCCAUGGAUAUACGAGUGAUGUUACACGAACCUUCCUCCUGAAAGAGUCUAAGGUGUCUCAGCGCCAUCUGGCGAUAUGGGGUAUGGUUCGCGUAGCACAAACUCGUGCGCUCGAGGCAGCGAGAGCCGGGGUCCUUGCCAAGGAUGUCGACACGGCUGCGAGGAACUCACUGGGCGAGGAGGGCUUUGGGUCCUAUUUUAGUCAUCGUCUAGGCCACGGAAUCGGCCUUGAAGGACACGAGUCUCCUUACCUGAACGGAGCAUCGACUGAUGUGUUGAUGAGCGGACACUCUUUUUCCGACGAGCCAGGUGUCUACAUCGAAGGCGAGGUCGGAGUCCGUCUAGAGGACUGCUUCUACAUAAACGACGAAGGACUCGCUGUUUACUUGACUGAAGGGGCCGGCGGCCAAGCAAAGAGCCCGUGGGUGCUCUGAGCUUGCAGAAACGAAGGUUCAUCUAGUAAUCACACCGCACGCUAUUGUACACAAAAGAACACUUGCUGCCAAGGUGAUCGAUGGGGACAGUGACGACUCUGAGCUACGUGUACGUUGUUGCGGAAGAAGAGUGCUUUGUAGCUGAGCGAUGUGUGUGUUCUACUAAUCGCUACCUUCUCGAAGCCAACUUCCAGCCAGCGAGAAGUCGUAUGACAUCUGUGCUUACCCUCUGUUUUCGGCUCGCCCAAGUCUACGCUGAUCCGCGUUCCCUGUGGCUCGUCAUGCUCUGGCUAGACAAUUCUCGCAGAUACGAAGCGUAUUUUCUAGCGCAUUCAUUACCGGGAAAGUUACCCCUAAAGCGCGUAAUGGUCCAUUGUCUUCCAGCGGAAGCCUCAUAAUCCGGGGUCAACAAGCCGCGACCCACACCGUGGUCGACGCGUUGACGAGUUGAAGGAUGUAGGAAGCGACUUUAUCGGCGGGACGAGUGUCUUCCCGAGUCACAUCAAUUAUAACGAAUUCUUACCUUUUCUCACCCAUCCACCGUUUCUGUGAUCCACAAUGCCCUUCGACGGUGUCGAAAACAGAUCGUCCCAGAAUUCUGCCGCCGGGGAAUGGCUUCGUGAAUUCCACAGCGUCGGUGACUCGCUCAAUGCGGAUGCCUGGGGCAAGUUCUUCACCGAAGAUGCGUUGGUUACGAUGGGUAACAACGCGCCAUUCGAAGGCAGAGAGAACUUCCUCAAAGCUUACUCGUACCAGACCAGCAUUCUCGACAUGAUGAAGCACGAAAUUCAUCACUUCGACGUCGUUGGAGACCGCCUAUACCAUCAAGCGACUUUAUCAUACAUCGUGAAGGGUGAUCCCGAGAAGGAGGUCAUCAAGAUAUCCGCGUUUGCCAUCGUUCACC